GGAAAGGAAAAACAGAAAGAUUGAUUUGACGGAGUGUUUGGUUGAUCCGCACGUUUUCUGUCUUAUAACGACCCCAAACCCAAACCCAAAGCCUUUUUUAUUGCAAACGGGCGGACUCCACGACGAGCAAACACCAAAACCAAUUUUGUUUAUAAGCCACAUCAGUCACCACCAUCCCCAACAACAACAACGACAAGAAGAAAGAGAGAGAUUUGUCGAUCGAUCCAUGCCCAUGGCGUGUUCGAGCUUGGUGAAGUUAAACGCGUCGUCCUCGCAGUGGAUCGCCCCGCAAUCCCUCAAUCAAAGCCCCGGAUCUUCCUCUCGUUUAGCCACCCGCCGCCGCGUCUCCGUCGUCCGCGCCGCUUCUUACGCCGAAGAACUCGUCAAAACCGCCAAAUCCAUUGCAUCUCCUGGUCGUGGUAUCCUUGCCAUUGAUGAAUCAAAUGCCACCUGCGGAAAGAGGUUGGACUCUAUUGGGCUGGACAAUACAGAAGCCAACAGGCAGGCUUAUAGGCAGCUUUUGCUGACUACCCCUGGCCUGGGUGAAUAUAUAUCUGGUGCUAUUCUUUUUGAGGAGACACUUUACCAGUCAACAACAGAUGGGAAGAAGUUUGUUGAUUGCUUGCACGAGCAGAAUAUUGUGCCAGGCAUCAAAGUUGAUAAGGGUUUAGUACCGCUACCAGGAUCCAACAAUGAAUCAUGGUGCCAAGGUUUAGAUGGAUUGGCUUCUAGAUCUGCAGAAUACUAUAAGCAAGGUGCUCGCUUUGCAAAGUGGCGCACGGUUGUCAGCAUUCCUUGCGGUCCUUCUGCUUUGGCUGUGAAAGAAGCUGCAUGGGGACUUGCAAGAUAUGCUUCCAUUUCUCAGGACAAUGGUCUCGUGCCUAUAGUGGAACCUGAGAUUCUUCUCGAUGGGGAUCACCCUAUUGAAAGGACCCUUCAGGUGGCAGAGCGGGUGUGGGCUGAAGUUUUCUACCACUUGGCAGAGAACAAUGUUAUAUUUGAAGGUAUCCUACUUAAGCCCAGCAUGGUAACCCCUGGGACUGAGCACAAGGAGAAAGCUUCUCCAGAGACCAUAGCAAAAUAUACUCUCACAAUGCUUAAGAGGAGGGUACCUCCUGCAGUUCCAGGAAUCAUGUUCUUGUCGGGAGGACAAUCUGAAAUGGAGGCCACACUGAACCUAAACGCCAUGAAUCAGAGUCCCAACCCCUGGCAUGUUUCCUUCUCUUAUGCACGUGCACUUCAAAACACCGUGCUUAAGACCUGGCAAGGGCGCCCCGAGAAUGUUGAAGCUGCACGGAAGGCCCUUUUGGUGCGUGCAAAAGCAAACUCCUUAGCGCAGCUCGGAAGGUACUCAGCUCAGGGCGAGAGCGAGGAUGCCAAGAAGGGAAUGUUCGUCAAGGGCUACACUUACUAAGCCAUGGCUCCGUGUCUAGCAGGAACUUUCAAUCCUUUUACAAAUACCUCCCUCUAGCUAGCUAUGAAUCUCAGCUACUAGAUAGGCUUGUUUUUGCCCUUUUCUUUGGGUUUCAUUUGGAAUAAUGACUGGUGAGAAAGGAUAAUUUCAAACUGCAACCAGAAGGUGGUGUGUUAUUGAAAUGGGGCACACGGAUCCAUUCGUCUUGCGCUUAUCUAUAUAUAUAUAUUCUUACAAUCUUGUAGAUUUGCUUCAAAA